AUGAGCUUCCACUACGCUGAUGCUCUCGAGGAACAUAACUGGAUUGGCGGAGGACUCGACGCUUAUAUCUACCACGUCACUCCAACUAUUGUGGUGAAAACUGUUCGUCGCGACCGAACCCCUGAAGAAAAGGCAGCGGAGCAUCCUUUCCUCAAGGAGAUCGCGUUUUACAAACGUCUUAAUGAGUGCCGGGAUCGAUGUCCGAAUAUUGUUGAAUGUUUUCUCAUGCUCCCGGACUAUCUUUUUCUAUCAUAUUGCACGCAUAAGGCAAUCGCCCCUCGCUUCUAUGAACGCCAGGAGCGAGAGACAGGAACAAAUGGUUUUCAUGGGCGUCUUAUCAGGGUCAAGGAAUACGAGGAUCCUGCUCUCAUCGCUCGGUGGAUACAACAAAUCAGCUCUGCUCUUGAGAACUUCAACUUGAAGCUGGCUGAUUUUGGUCGUGCCACCACCAUUGGACAGCCACUUGAAGGCACAUACGGUCUCUGUUCCGCCAGAACUGAACAGUUUGCGCUUGGGACACUUCUAUACUUUAUGGUAUAUGGCCAUGAACCCUAUGACGACAUUAUCCUCAGCGCCGCAGAAUGGGAUCGCCGAUUUUGGGAAAUGGAGUUUCCAGAACUUAACCGCAAUGAAGUUUUCGAUGGUCUUAUUUCUGCUUGUUGGCACAAUGUCUAUCCUACAAUGGCCUUGCUAGCGUACGACUUCAAGCGCAAGACAAAGGAUAUGGUCUGGAAUGCAGAAUACAUCUUCAUUGACUCUGCAAAGGAGACAAAGACCUGUGAAGCAUUGGUUUGCAGAGGCUUGCUGGGACCUGAGUUGGCUCUCUGCUUUCAGCCGGCCUGGCGAAGAUACCUACAUGCUAUUGUGAAGAGAAGCAUACUCAUUGUCUUAACCCUAAAAAAGGACAUGUUAUGGUACGGUGGCUGUUUCAUUCAACUUCGCGAUUUUCAAACAAGAGGUGCUCUUGUCUUGUUCUAUUUCCUAUCCUGGGCGAAGGGGGCAGUGAUUGGCACGGGCGGCUGCGGUAAUGGGGCGCCAAAGAUCGAGAUGGACUGCGGCACUAAGCCUGACACGGAUUGGUGCCAUAACAUCUUGCUCCACCCUCGCCCUCAGCAAAGCAGGUAG